AUGUCUGACAAGCUCAAGUACAAGUAUACCUUGUUUAGCUACUUUCGUAGCUCCUGUUCAGCCCGAAUUCGGAUUGCCGCUCACCUGAAGGAUAUCCCGCUGGAGUACAAGUACGUUCAUUUGGUCAAAGGCGAGCAGCAUAGCACGGAGUACCACAGCCUGAAUCCGAGCGACUCGGUGCCUACCCUGGUCGUCAGCGAUCGACAGACAGACAAGGAGAUCACGAGGAUCCGACAGUCCGUUGCAAUCUUGGAAUUCCUCGAAGAAGUCGAAGAGGGGAACGGAGUGAAGCUGCUGCCGGGCAAAGACAAUCCCGUGGACAGAGCGAGGGUCAGGGAGCUGGUGAACAUCGUAGCCAGCGAUAUUCAACCCGUCACGAACCUGCGAGUCCUGAAUUACAUCAAACCGCUCAACAUAGAGGCGCAAAAGUGGCAACAACAUUUCAUGUGCUUGGGGUUCCGUGCGUACGAGGAACUUGUCAAGGCUUAUGGCGGAAAGUAUAGCGUCGGAGACUCAGUCACCGUGGCAGACUGCGCUCUUGCACCGGCGGUUGAUGGAGCAUUGAGGUUCGGGGUCGACGUACGAGGAGAAUUCCCUCGCGUCUGGCAAGUGUGGGAGGAGAUCGGGCAACUGGAUGCAUUCAUCAAAGGCAGAUGGAAUGCCCAGCAAGACACACCGGAGGGUCUGAGAGGCUGA